CCCCCCCCCCCCCACCCCACUGAGAAAAAGGCGACGGAAAACCAAGGCGACACGCCACGCGACGGGCUCCAGAUCCAGCGGUCGCCGCGGCGCCAGGUGUUCGAUCGAUGAGUCUGCGCCGCGGGAGGGUGUAGGCGCGGAGGGGGAGGAGGAGGGGGAGGAGGUGUGGUGUGGGGGGCGCAGAUCUGGGGGCAAAUCUGGCAGGCGGAGCGGUGGGGCUGCGGGCGCGGGGGAGGGCGGGGGGCUGGGCGGACGGCGCGGAGGGAGGGGAGGAAGGGGAGGACUGCAGGCUCAGGCCCUGGCGGCGGAGGCUGCUCGCGUCCAUGGCGCUCUCGUGGCCCUCGGCCAUCCGCCUCGCCGUCGCGGCCGUGCUGCUCGCCGCGGUCGGCGUCGCGCUUUUCACGCUCCCCGUUGAGAAGAUUUUGAAGGACUUUCUGGUUUGGAUCAAGGAUAACUUGGGCCCAUGGGGUCCUCUGGUAUUGGCCCUUGCUUACAUCCCUUUGACAGUGUUGGCUGUUCCAGCAUCCAUACUUACACUUGGAGGGGGUUAUCUAUUUGGCCUGCCUGUUGGGUUUGUUGCUGAUUCCAUAGGAGCAACAAUUGGUGCAACUGCUGCAUUUUUGCUUGGCAGAACGAUAGGAAGGCCUUAUGUUCUCUCCAAAUGCAAAGAUUACCCCAAGUUUCAAGCGGUAGCUAUUGCUAUCGAAAGGUCUGGCUUCAAGAUUGUGUUGUUACUGAGGCUUGUACCUUUGCUCCCAUUCAACAUGUUGAACUACCUGCUGUCCGUCACUCCUGUUGGCAUUGGGGAAUACAUGCUGGCUUCUUGGCUGGGAAUGAUGCCUAUCACUCUUGCACUGGUAUAUGUUGGAACUACACUAAAGGAUCUAUCAGAUGUGACUCAUGGCUGGAGUGAGAUAUCAACAACUCGAUGGAUUCUCAUAAUAUCUGGGUUCGUCAUGUCUGUUAUUUUGAUUAUAUGUGUUACAAGAAUUGCAAAAUCUUCUCUGGAGAAGGCAUUGGCUGAGAACGGAGAUGCAGGAAUUCCACAACUUCCUGUGGUGGCCUCUCCCUCAGAUUUGCAACAACCCCUUGUGAUCAGAAUUGACACUUCAAAUGAAGAUCAUGAGAAGUGAAUCUGUUGUUUACAACUUUACAUGUACAUUCUUUGGCUGUUCUAUCUGUAUCACUUUACCUUGUAGUUUUUGCCAGACACAUUUAGCCAGUAAAAGAAAAGAAAAAUGAAAGGAAAAGCUGUAUGGUUGGUUAGGUAAUAUACUAUUACAUAAUUUCUUGUUCCACGCGAUGACAUCCAUAUGAGUUCAACUGCAGCUAUAUAAUGAUUCACAGAAGUUUCCAAGCGACUUCUGUACUCCAAA